AUGGAACGGCUCCGUGCUGCGCUGCAGAAUCCGGACGCCUCGAGCGUGGAGCAGUGCGAAGCCGUUGGCCCGUCGAUCGAUGCUCUCGAAGUUGACGUGGACGCUCCACGCACCGCCAAGCGAAAGUUGGGGGAGGGGGAUACUCUUGCAGCUACUGGUAUGUGACAAAGCAGUGGAAGUGUAUUGGAACAACAGUAACAUUCUGUGCAGCGGUGCUCAAGAAGACAGUGAAUGGGCUCUCGAAGAGCAACGCCCAGCUACAAGCAGACAUACGCCAGUCGCAGUCGGCCAUUGCUCUCCUGGAGAAGAAGUACGACGAUGAGUGCAAGAAGAGACAAUCGUGCGAUUCAGGGGCCGCGGAGGCUCUCGCGCAUCACGCAAGAGAGAAGACGAUAUGGGAUCAAACAAAACAGCAGUUGGAACAUGGGCAGACUUUACAUCGCGAGAGACAGCAGGAGCACGAUGCCUUGAAGCUCCAGUACGAUCUCAUUCAACGGCAGUUAAGCGACAAAGAGACGGCAGCUCUGGAACUUCAACUCCAAUGGGAUAACGAGAAGCUACUCAAAGAUCAGCUUCUGCAGCAAUACAAUGCCGAAAAGCGGCUGUCUAAAGAAGGACAAGAGCAAUUCGAAAAUGACAAGAUCCUACACGGACAAACCCUCCAGCGUUACACGUAUGACAUCAAGCAGCUUCGGGAAACAUAUCACGACCGGGACAAUGAAUGUAAUCGGCUUAAGAUUGACAUCGGGGCCGAGAGAGAUCUUCGACAGCGUUAUCGUGAGCAGUGUGAGGACCUCAAAGGCGAGAUCGCGCGCCUCCGGAUGUUGCUUCCAGAUAUGCGUGACACAGAAAUCCGAUCUCCAGACCAGAAUCGGGAAAGAGCACGCGUCUUUGACUCUCGGACCGACCUUAUUCCACAGUCUUCGUCUGAUGGUCAUCCGAUGGCCAUGAUGUCAGGUGCGGGAAGUCAUACAGAGGAGGAUGUGGCACGAUCAACGAAAGCAGCUGCUCUUGGAGCGUUGUCUCUUCCUUGCCGCGUCAUCCAGGAGAUUUCGACUGAACACGGCUUGGUUCUAGGAGGAGAACCGCCUCAGGAGGUCAUUGAUCUGGCGCGUGUAGUCCUUGCGACGGCACAAAAGAGGUACCCGGACUUCUCCCCGGGCAGGCUACUCGAUAAAUGCAAGUCACCCCAUCGAUGCGCCUAUUCGUCCGUCUUGCGAAGCAACUGUUUUUGGACGGAGACUAAUCCUAUGGCUUAUGCAUGCCGCACCUGUUUCUGUUCCCGGCGGCUAUGCUUCCGCUGGCUGCAGGACAAGAAGACGUUCGUCAUCCUACCGCUUCCGCAUCCAUACAAGGGAUACAUUGGGGACUCACGGCCGAGCGACGAAGAGCGCAACGCAAUAUGGUCGCAAGAAGCUUCGCGAGGUAAAAAUGUACUCACAUGA